GACAAAAACUAACAACAAGAGAAAAAAAAGAAAGAAAGAAAGUGGUGGGGAGAGAUGAAAGGGGUACAUAACAUUUACCACCAUUCUUACACCUUCUCGUUCUUGUUAGUCUUCCUUGCCUUGAUUCUAUUUCAUCCUGCCCUUUCGACCUAUGUCAACACUAUGUCGUCUUCAGAGUCUCUCACAAUCUCAAGCAACAGAACACUUGUAUCUCCCGGUGGAGUCUUCGAGCUUGGUUUCUUCAAACCCUCGGGACGCUCGCGAUGGUAUCUCGGAAUAUGGUAUAAGAAAGUCUCCCAGAAAACCUACGCAUGGGUCGCCAACCGAGACAACCCUCUCUCCAAUUCUAGUGGAACCUUCAAAAUCUCGGGCAACAAUCUUGUCCUGCUAGGUCAGUCUAAUAACACUGUUUGGUCGACAAAUCUUACUAGAUGUAAUGCAAGAUCUCCAGUGAUAGCAGAGCUUCUUCCCAACGGUAAUUUUGUAAUGAGAUACUCCAGCAACAGAGACUCAAGUGGAUUCUUGUGGCAGAGUUUCGAUUUUCCGACAGAUACUUUACUUCCGGAUAUGAAACUAGGUUACGAUCUCAAAACAGGGCGCAACAGGUUCCUUACAUCAUGGAAUAGUUCAGAUGAUCCGUCAAGCGGGAAUACCACGUACAAACUCGACCUUCGAAGGGGAUUGCCUGAGUUUAUUCUUAUAAAUACAUUUUUGAAUCAACGUGUUGAAAUGCAAAGGAGCGGUCCUUGGAAUGGAAUGGAGUUUAGUGGCAUACCGGAGGUGCAAGGAUUAAAUUACAUGGUUUACAAUUAUACGGAGAACAGUGAGGAGAUCUCUUACUCGUUCCAAAUGACCAACCAAAGCAUCUACUCCAGAUUGACAGUCAGUGAGUUCACACUCGAUCGAUUCACGCGGAUCCCGCCGUCAUGGGGAUGGAGCCUGUUCUGGAGUUUACCAACGGACGUGUGCGAUUCUCUUUACUUCUGUGGAUCUUAUUCUUACUGCGACCUAAACACGUCACCUAACUGUAACUGUAUUAAUGGGUUCGUUCCCAAGAACCCGCAGCAGUGGGACUUGAGAGACGGAACACAGGGGUGUGUGAGGACGACGCAGAUGAGCUGUAGUGGAGAUGGGUUUUUGCGGCUAAACAAUAUGAAUUUGCCGGAUACUAAGACAGCGACUGUGGAUCGGACAAUAGAUGUUAAAAAAUGUGAAGAGAAGUGUCUUAGCGAUUGUAACUGUACGUCGUUUGCUAUUGCGGAUGUUCGAAACGGCGGAUUGGGUUGUGUGUUUUGGACCGGAGAACUCGUUGAGAUGCGGAAAUACGCCGUCGGUGGUCAAGAUCUUUACGUCAGAUUGAAUGCUGCUGAUCUAGGCACAUGCACCGGUUAACUCUAAUAAGGAAGAGGAAUAAAAUAUAGUAGCUGAAUAAUAAAAGUGCGGGUCUACACUGAGGUUGUAGCAGAAUAGCCGAAUCAAUACAUUGCAGUGGUACUAUUAUGAGACUAAUUAAGCGACAUAUUCAUGUACGCAUAUAAACAUUUAUAAAAUAAUCAAAUUAUAAUUAAUGAAUGCGUUGUUUCCACAUGUUGAUCAAUUUUAAAUCAUUUACAAUUUAUAUA